AUGCUUCUCCGCGCGCCGAUGCCGAUGCUUCUCCGCGCGGUGGGCUCCGGCCCUCCCGGUUGGGAGCUGCGACGGGAGGCGGGCCUUGCCCUGGCACGGGGGUCUUCGCCCCAUUUCUACUCGCCCGCUCGUGCUGCGUCUUUCUGCGCCGCGUCUUCCUGCGCCGCGGCAUUCGCGGCCUACGGUCCGCGUGAGCGCCGCGUGCCGCGGCGCCGCAUGCGGGCGAGGUGUCGGCGUGCGGGGUUGGGCGUCGCUGGAGACAUAGGGCUGCUGCUGGCGGCACCUGCGCUGGUGCAAGCGGCUGGGAUCUACCAGCCGCUCUGGCUCAUCUUUGCCAGGAGCGACCUUGCCUUCCUGGAGCACGGGCUUCUGCUUGGGCUCUGCUGGCUGGUCAGCGCCGGCUUUGUCGGCGCCCUGGAGCCCGACGCCUUUGAACGCGGAUCCUCCAAGGCGGCGGAAGCUACGCUGUGGCGCCUGGCGGCGGCCUUCUUUGUGAAUGCCUGGCUGCUCUGGUUCGCCGCGAGCUUCGUGGGGCUGCUGCAGCCCUUCAGCGAGACCCAGGCGCUGCAGCUGGGCGUGCCGCUGGAGGCGUUGCCCGGCGGCUUCGACGUGGACACCAAGGUGGAGCGGCAGCUGGUGGACGUGAACAUCGACCUCGCGAUGGAGGUGUUGCUGCUGGGUUCCUGGCGUUUGCACUGCAUUGGGGCGCGCUGGGCAGACGUCCUCGCCCUGUUUGGUUUCCGCGGCGGCUGA